GAAGCCUGUAUUACUGUUUCCUUAAGGCUAAUACAGUCACCUACACUCUAUUCGCAUGAUAGCAGGUUUUGUUACAAUAGGUUUAUUCAAUUCAUGUGUUAAAAUAGUGCAUUACUGUGUAGGAUAUUAAAACCUCAUCACGGUUCAAAGUGAGCGUUUGUGACGUGACAAUGCGCAUGUUUAUUUUUGCUUUCUUACAUUAGCGCGAGACCCUUAUUUUCCAAAGCAGCCGACAAACUUUCUAAAGGAUGGCCGAUUCGUCCGCUCGCUCCGAGCUUCCACGCAUCAGCGACGACGACAAGUUGGAGAUGAACAAGGAAUUGGAGAGGAUGAUUGAAGACGUUGAGAGUAUGUCAGCGCACCUGACCUGGAUGGCCUAUGAUAUGGUGGCACUGCGGACUAGUCCGGAGCUGGGAGCCUCUAUGCAAAAGCUGAAGGAAGCUUAUCUCAAAUGUAGAGCUGCUGUCUGCGGAGACCCUGACCAGGAGUCACAGAUUGACAAAUAUGCUGAGACUGCUGUCACAACACUUUCUCAGAUGUGAUGCUUCUUAUAAGAGUUUUGAGUUCACAAGUACCCACUAGAAUUAA